CUCACAACGGCAUUUAUCUCUGUCCUCUACAUGUUGUGAUCACUAUAUUUUAAGGUAUGGCAAAAAUACCAACAUUUCAGUUUUUAUUUUUUCAUGUGUUUUUCAUGUUUUCAUUCAUUUUCUCUCUCCUCUUAUCUACAGAAUGGAUCUGUUCACCGUUCAUUUCAGUCUCAUCAAAUGCAGGGUCUUCAUGUUUCUCCUAUGUUUUACUGUUGGCGCGUUUGUCACCUGCUUGUGGGACGUUCCUGUGGAUUUCUUCAGGCCCCAGAAGUCGAGUCCUUGCAGCUGCAGCCAAUGUUUGACAGAAGGCGACCCGUGGUUUAAGGAUCUUAUCAAUGCUUCUCCAGAGCCCUUUCUUUCAAGGACACAUAAAACCUCAGAGGAGGAGUUCACCUGGUGGAAGCAAAUACAAUUAGAAGCUCGUAACUUCACCUUCUUCAACUCAACAGUGGACGACCUGUUCAAGGUUUUCCCUCCCGUUCCAGACGUUGUAAAGUCCAGUCCAGACCGCUGCAGAACUUGUGCUGUGGUGGGGAACUCUGCUAAUUUGGAUGGAUCACACUAUGGACCUCUCAUAGAUUUACAUGAAAUCGUCAUACGGAUGAACGGUGGUCGUACCAAAGGCUACGAAUCAGAUGUCGGGGCCAAAACCACUCAUCACGUCAUGUAUCCAGAAAGCGCUGUUAAUCUAGACAACAACACACAUCUUGUGCUGUUUCCAUUCAAGAUCAAAGAUUUACUCUGGCUUCUCCAGAAGUUUGAUCCAGGAAACAGUCGUGUAAACUCAAGGAAGAUAGCGAACAAGGAUUUGGUGAUGAUCCUCAAUCCAGCUUUCAUGAAAUAUGUGCAUGAAAACUGGCUGGGACACAAGGGCCGUUAUCCGUCCACGGGCUUCAUGGCUUUGAUUCUGAGCAUGCAGCUUUGUGAUGAGGUGAACGUCUUUGGCUUUGGAGCAGACAGCGAUGGAAACUGGAGCCACUAUUUUGAAAAGCUCACAAACAAAAGAUUACACACUGGGCCUCAUGCCGGUAACCUUGAAUAUGAGUUUAUUCGUCAACUACACAAAAUAAAGAAGAUCUAUUUAUAUUGAGGAUGGUAAUCUUGUUACCAUUGACUGUACUGUAUUAAAGUGUUUUAGGACAUCCACAGAUUUAAAUUUAUAUAAAUAAUACAGUAUGUAAUCAUA